UCGACUCAACGGUUAACGGACAACAUAGUUUUUAAUUUUUAUUCCUUUUUUCCAACAGAUUUGAUGCACCCAAUAGACGGGGACAUGAUUUGGAACUUGACAAACCCUAGCCAAAGCUUCGAAUCUGAUCGCCAUCUUCAAUUCAAUGGACCCUCCAGAUCCAAUCGAUGAAGACGACCAUGACGUCGUAUUCUUCGACGCACUCGAUGAGUGGCCCUCCGGUCAGGACUCGUCGGAACCAUCUGCUUCCGGCUCCGCCUCCACUAUCUCUGACCCCCAACCCGUUUAUGACGAUUCUCGACUUUCUCAACAUUCUUUGGUCGACAAAAUACGACGCCGUCCAAGUCGCCGUUGUUCAUUUGGUCGGAGAAAUUCUUCCAGUGGCUGCGAGAGCGAUUUGAUUAAUAAGGCGAGAUUGAGCUUCAUUAAGCAACAAAGUUUUAAAAAUCCUGCAAAUUUAGAUGAAAUUGUCGAUGAGAGCGUGGUUGAGGAGUGCGAUCCAAUCAAUGAGCUAGCCGAGUCCUCUACGGCUGCAAAUGAGCCGAUGGAAGAGAAGGAUAAAGAAUCAACAACCAUAACAGCUAUACCUGCCAAUGAUGAUACAGUUGAUGCUAUAGCUGACUCAGGUGCGGAAGUAGGCAUCUCGUCAUCGUUUUGUCGUACAGUUGGUGAUAUCACUAUCUCGGGGGCGGAAGCGGCGAUCUCAUCACCGGUUGGUUGUACAGUUGGUGAUAUAGCUAACUCGGGUGAUGAAGCGGGCAUCUCGUCACCAAAUUUUCUCGAAUUUAUUGCGGGAUUAGUGAUUAAGGCUAUUGGGUUUCAAAUUCAUUUGUUCGUUAUGAUUACAACUUAUCCUUUGUUGUUUCUUUAUUAUUCUUGCAUGCUUUUUAUCAACCCUUUCCGAACAAUAAGAAUGGGCAAGCGAUUUUUAAUGAGGAUUUUGUCCAGAGCGUCGGAUGGUUUUUGUGGUUGGGUUGGUCCACCAAUUCAUCGGUUUCUUGGAAAUGGCAAGCCAAUUGGAAACCUUGCCUUGCGGUAUGGGUGGGGCCUCUUGUGGUCAAUCUAUGUUUGUUUCAUUUUGGUCAGUCUGCUGGUUUUAUCGCUUGUAACUAGUGGGUUUAUGAUGAAGUUCUAUAUGGAGAAGCCAAUUCAUAAGAGAGAAAUUUUGAAUUUCGAUUAUACAAAGCAGACUCCUGUUGCUUAUGUGCCAUUAACAUCAUGCACCGACAUUGGCAGUGGUAUAGACCCUGAGAAUAACGUCCAAGCUGGUAAAUGGAUGGGGGCUCGAAUUAUACCUCCCAGACACAAAGUGCAGGUCACUGUUUCAUUACUAGUGCCAGAAUCUGAAUACAACAGAAAUCUAGGGAUAUUCCAGGUGAAGGUAGAUUUACUAUCUUUGAAUGGAAAAACCAUUGCUAGCUCAAGCCAGCCAUACAUGUUAAGAUUCAAAAGUGAGCCAAUCCGCCUAGUCUUGACUUUUCUCAAGAUGGCUCCUGUUAUUACUGGGUACGUAUCAGAAACUCAGACUCUGAAUGUGAAGAUAAGAGGUUUCAUUGAGAGGGAUGAUUUGCCUACUUCUUGUUUGAAAGUGUCUCUCGAGCAUCGAGCAGAAUAUCGACCUGGUUUCGGCAUUCCUGAAAUAUAUGAUGCAUAUCUAAUUCUGGAGUCAGAACUUCCCUUUCUAAAGAGGAUUGUGUGGCAUUGGAAGAUGAGCAUAUUCAUAUGGAUCACAAUGGUAGUAUUCGUUUUUGGGGUACUCUUGUUUUUAUUGUGCUGUAGCCCUAUAAUUUUUCCCAGAAUAAGACGAAGGAGUGGUUCUUCUCACAGAACAAGUACCCGAAACAAUGCACAAAGUGGAUAGGUACUACUUCCUUUCUCUUGCCCAUUUUUUCAUUAAAUUCUUUUUCAAUCAAUCUGUACAUGUUUACUGCAGGUCAUGUAUAAUAAAUUCUAGUGUACAUACGUGACAAGUUACUAAUUUGAUAUAUUCACGACAUGAGUCUCACAUGUUCAAAUCAAAUCUAGGCAUAUGCAUGUAUGUAUGCCACAAGUCCACACUGCUGACUACACAAGAAUUUUCUGGUCGGGUACUGUAUAAAUGUCAGAAAUGGAACCUUCUUUUCCUUGUUGGGUGUAAACCAUUACUCCUCUUUUCAAAAAUAUAGAACAUGUUUUCUGAUCUUAGAUGUUAAAAAAUAUACAGUAUUUUUAGUUUUA